CCACAAUAUUCCUAAGAUGUUUAAAUUGGUAAUUUUUGUUGCGCUCGUCGCUUCAGCUCUGGCUGUCCCAGCUCCUGAACCAAAACCAGCCCCUAAACCUGCUGUAAUCGCUACCUCAUACACUGCACCACUUGUCUCAUCUGUCCCAUUGGCCUACAGUGCUCCUCUGGCUUACAACUACAGAUACUAUGGAUAUAAUGCUCCUUCAAUCUAUGCUUCUGGAUACGCUUAUUCCCCAUACUCUUCAUACAUUGUUUAAAUGAAAUAAAAUAUUUUCAGAACAUUAAAUUGACUUUUAUUUUAAACUG